CUUAAUUCAAAAGUAUUACAAUGAUAUUUACAGUUUUUUUUAUUGUCAGAGAAUUGUUUAAAACCAGUUAUGUUGAACUUCAAUUUAACACAUUUAUUUUCUAAGUAAUGCAUUUGUCUUUCUCAUCAAUGAGGAUUAUAGGGUUUCAGCAUCGUGUCCCGUAAAGGCAUUUCCUGUCGCCGCUCUCCAAUACGUCAAUAAAUAACAGAAAGCAGGGGUUGGUAUGAAAUUAAAGAUUUUGCGAAACUCCGUUUAAACGACCCAGAACUAGAGCAGCUUUGCUUCAUCAGGUUAAACAUUAUCGCUCCCACCCCUUUCCAUCCAAACAGGUCGCAGUCUUGCAUGUACGCGGCUGGACGAAAUUGGCAACUGUUUGUUAUUUUACCGGCACUCGGUUGAAUAUUUAAAUCAUCCAAUCUAAACUUGUUUUGGCGAUUACAUUGUGUUAAGAUGCAAAGAAAGACUUCACUUGCGCCCGUCUUUUGUUAUUUUAAACUCUUGCUGACAGACCAUUCUGCAAGACUAUAAUUUUAAGAAGACAGUAUGCAGACACAGACACGGUUAGAGACACAUACAGGUUGUCACACAGACGGAGACAUACAGACACACACUGUUAUAGAUAUAGCCGGGAUGACAUACAGCAAGACAGCGAGUCGCGUACAAAUAUAAACACACAGGGAGAUGUAGGUAAAGGGAGGCACAGAAACAGAUAAACAGAGAGACCCUCUGAUAACUGCAGGUACAGACACAAACCCACGCAAUUGAGACAUUGAGACACAGUGACACAUACACACACAGAGAGACACGCACCAACACAACUGAAGCACAGAGAUGUAGAGAGUAAGAGAUACAGAGAUGUAGCACACAGGUACAGACACACUGGGACAGACGCUGAAGCCUGUACAUUGACAGCAGUCUUGAAGCAGCAAGCAGAAGUCCCGCCCUUGCAUCCUCCUCAUUGGGUCGCUCCGGGGGCUGCGCGUUACUUCGCCGGGAUGUCUCCUGGGUGUAGGUCAGCGGCGCUGUCAAUCACCGCCGGCCCUUCCGACUGCAAGCUCGACUGAGUGGAAGCGUCAAACCAGAAGGGGAAGAAAAAUCGCCCCCUCCCCCUCGCACGGGCGAUCUGCAAUGGAGGAGGAGAUGAACCAGGCAGAGGACGAAGGAUUGCGAUCGGGUACCAUCUCCAAACUCUGCAAACAGCGGACCCCCUACAGCGUCCUCAAACCAUUCCCUGGCAAGAAGACGAUGACCAGGAGGUACGAAAGACCCACCAUGAUCGAGAUCCCACAACUGGCCAUCGGGACUGGAGGAGGAGGGGCUCAUCACCAUCACCCGCCGGUUACCAUCAACACUGAGCAGCAGCAACAACAGCAGCAGCAUCACUUCCACCAUCAGCAGCAGCAUUAUCCAUACCAGAGCAUCUCGAACAACAGGAUAGCCCCUGGAGCAGUAUCAGCAUCAACAUCCACAUUAGCUUCAGUAUCUCAAUCUUACCUUGGAGCGACGGCUUCUGACUAUCCGCCUGUCAGGUACAACAACAUACCUACAAGCCAAUCAGGAGCUGAAAACAUCAUCCUAAGUGCAGAGAGUCGCUUAAUACUUGAUGCCUUUGCACAGCAAUGCAGUCGAGUCCUGACACUCCUAAAGGACAAUGGAAAACUUCUGGACACCAACCAAACUCAAGUCAAAAAAGAGAGUGGGUGUUAUGAUGAGCGCACGGGACAGUGUCAGCUGGUCAAAGGUGCCCCAAUGCAGCCACGGGCAUCGGACAAUUCAGAGACGGAGUUACAGAAUGUGCAAAAGAGACAUCAAACCUCAGCCUUGCUUCGUGUGUUCACUGAUUCUCUUCAAAGUUACCUACUUGCUGGGGGGCGACCAUCACAUAGUACUGUUGGAAUGAGUGAAUGCAGUCACAUGACAGACAUGGAUCCGCUUUCCACAUCUCCCACCCAUACUUUAGGAGGGUGGACAUCCCCAGCAACAUCAGAAUCUCACGUCCAUCCAUCAUCCACAUUCCCCGAGGAAGAGGAAGAAGAUGGCUAUUGUCAGAGGUGCCAAGAGUUGGAGCAGGAAGUGGUUUUACUGCAACAGGAAAAUGAGGAAUUAAGGAAAACCUUGGAUCGAAUUCCAGUGCCCUGUCAGACUGUUCUUGAUUACUAUAAGACUGUACUCCAGCACCACAAUCAACUAGUCCAACCAGUCUCAGAGGAACAGCCAACAGAGGGAAACAAACAGUUGUUGAACAACUAUCCUGUCUGCAUCACUAGCAAGCAGUGGGAUGAGGCGGUCAAUUCAUCUAAAAAGGAUGGCCGUCGACUUCUCCGAUACCUCAUCAGAUUUGUGUUUACAACAGAUGAACUGAAAUAUUCAUGUGGACUGGGCAAAAGGAAAAGAUCAAUGCCACUGGGGGAGCCAGGACCCGAGCGACGUCCUCUCGAUCCUGUCAAAGUAACCUGUCUCCGAGAGUUCAUUCGGAUGCAUUGCACCUCCAACCCAGAUUGGUGGAUGCCUUCAGAAGAACAAAUUAACAAAGUGUUCAGUGAUGCAGUUGGGCAUGCUCGCCAAGGUCGUGCUGUGGGAACUUUUCUUGGUGGUAGCGGUGGUUCCUACUAUGAAGGCUAUGAUCCUCAAAUGUCACAUGAUGAAAUGUUUAACAAGGGCUGCCAUGAAGGAUCUGGAGACUAAAGGACUACAGUGUUCAUAUAUAACUGCCACGUUGGUGUAAUAAAUGAAUGUAUAUUAAUCUAUGGUUGUAUUGGUGUUGACACCAACUAGAUAUAAUGCAACUCAAUUUUACAUUAGAACAUUUAAUUAAAAUAACAUUUCCUGCAGAAGAUAUACCAAAAGUGACCUCAGAGGUUAACCUGCUGUGACUGUGAUUAAUUUGGUUAAUAUCCACUUUCCUGAACAUUUGAAGUGCUAUUCCAGGCAUGAAACUGAGGAAAUGUAUUUAAUCUAUCCAAAUUCAAACAAAGGAAUAUUAUGUUUACAAUAUUCAAACCAGGUAAGGGAGAAACAAACUUUGAAUUAAAGUAUUUUUCUACAAGGAUAAGCUUAAUCAAACCAUAAAAGGUCAAAAAUGAUCAUAUCACUGAAAUUCAUCAGUCUAACCAUGGACAUCUGGAUUUUUGGCAUUCUGUAUAAAAUUAGAAAUGUUUUGCAAUUAUAAUUUGGAGCUCUCCUUUUAACUGUUCCAAUUGAAUUACAUUAUUGACAAUAUCGAAGGAGUUGCCAAAAUAGGAGUUAAGUCUGAAAUCUCAAAUGUACCUUCAAUAUGUGGCAAUAUAGUUUCCUGAAUGUAGAACUUUACCCUAAACCCUAUUUAAAUUCAAUCCUCAUCACAGUUUUUGUCACACACUUUAUUGUGUGGUGGUUAGCUGGUAGCACUUGAAAUGUAGCAGUCUUGUCAAGGGAAUCAAGAAGAAAUUUAAUUGUCUUCUGUCAGUUAUUUGGAUUGCUGAAAGCAAAUUGAAGGCAGGUAAGUAGAAUUCCUACAAAAAUGCUCCUUUACCAAGUAUCAUAGACACAGGCCAUGGUUAUAUUGCACUUUGCUUGAAUACCUUCUGUCCACAUAUACAAGUGCAUUAAUGAUGAAUGUUGUAGUAUUUGUAUUACUUGUACUAAGAGUAAUUUUAUCAAGGAAAUGAAUUUUAAAAGUAGAUAGUAAUUAUUUUAUCCCAUGGAAGAUGUUUCUUAUAUACUUUCAGAUUGACUACUGUGGUAGAAAAUUACCACAUCUUGUGUCUAUAAAGAGUUCAGUGCAAUUGCUGACUAAUAUUACUCAAAACAUAUCCUGCAAAUAUCAAUAAAUGUUCAAAGACAGGUAGCUCAUAAAAUCUAGCAUAUGUAAAUAAAGCAUAAAGUAUCUGGCCAGAAAUCGAGAGGAAGUGCCAUUCUGGUUGCAAUAGUUUAUAGUUUUAAGUGAAAAAAAGCCAACAGGCUUUGAUGAUUAAAAUGAAAGUCAAAAUAUUCAUCCCAGAUAAGGCAAUAUUCAAAAAUCUGGGGAUCUCUUAUCAAAACAUGUGUCUUCCCUAGCUUCAUAUUGUUUCCCUGUGAAGAAGGGUUUAUGAAAUAUAUUCUGAUGUGUGGUAAGUCUUUUGGUUUGUUUAAGAAUGUAGCAUUUUAUGGCUGUGCUGAUACUUAUGACAUGAAGGUAACAUCAUGACGUGGCAAAAAGCUAGGAAAUGCUGGAAAUCUGUAUUAAAACAGACAACUGGAGAAAUGCAACAGGUUCAUCUGUAUUUGAAGUUGCAAGAUAGGCCAAUGCUUGGAUUCAGUCCUUCAUUAGAACUGGAACCACAAAGUCAGAGAUAUGCCUUUUUACAACUGACCAAAGGAAAAUAAGGAUGGAGCAUGCAACAGGUAGUGUUCAAUUCUACUAAGUGUUUUCACAAAGAGUCAACUAAUUGAUAUAAUAAUCAAUGCAUUGUGAAAUUGUGGAAAGCAAUAUAAAGUGUUUCACACUAAGAAAAUUUAAAAUUUACCAUGGUCUAACGAUAGUCGCAUACUGUGCACUAUACCAAGAUGGCAGCCAUAGAUCGAUUAAUGCUUCUGAGUUGGGACAUAGUGAUCUCAAGUCCAACUCCAAAGACUUGAGCAUAAGACUAAAGCUGCCACAUCAGGAAAGUACCGAUGGAGCAUGCACUGCCAUCAGUGCCAUUUUUCAGAUCAAAUAUUGAACUUAGGCCCCAGCUGCUAUCUCUGGUGAAUGUAUAGGAUCCCCGGCAAUAUUUUGAACAACAGGAGAUUAUGCCCCAUUGUUUUAAGUUCAGUUGCUGUCUCCUAAAGUAAUUAACCAAUGAAUUUCCCUUUUAUGUCCCCUGUGCUGUGUUGUGCCUGUUCUGUGGACAUUUCCAGCAUUGUGUAUUAAUGUGAAUAGAAAUAGUGAACAAGGCCACAGGACAUUAAUGCCAGAUUAGUAAAUCAUUACCAAGAUCUUACAAGGUGAGGAUAGUGUAAUCAUAAUAAAAUAACAAACUGUACGAUAUAGUCUCUGUGGUAAUAUUCAGAAUAUGUGGAAUGUUCCAAAAGACAAUGCACUGGGACAGAACUAAAUUAUGGGUCAGAUUUUCAGCUGUUGAUCAUGAAUUCACAGAAAAAAUCUGUCCUACUGAAGAAACUUUUAUUUCAUUGUUUAUCCCAUAAAUACUUGAUUUGUUUGCCUUUCCUUUCUCUCGAAUUUAUUGCCCAUCGAGUGCUGUUCCCUAGACACCGGGAGUGGAUUUUCCAGGAUGGUGACCAUUGUGUGUGAAGUAUUUUGCCACUGCUCUGAUGAUGUGCAUUACUCUGUGAUGGCUCUCUCACAUAUUUCCACUGCAGGAGGCCAUUUCACACCCCAAUUGCCUCCCCACACCAGGAUGUGGACGGUCAAUUACUGGUCAUAGAGCCAGUUAUGGGAGUUGUCCUUCCCCACCCUCUCCCCUAGGUCAUGUGGAAGCCACCAUUUCCAUGGAGAUGACCAUCAUGUGGCAGGUUUGGCUUGGAGAGAGCAAUGCCAGCAGAGCUAUUCCCAAAUAGGGACCUGCCACCAUUAAGAGGCUGCAGCAACCACUGCUGAAAUGAAUUUACAAGGAGUGAUUUUCCCUCCACUUUGAGGAAUCUAACUGCUUUUUCUCCCUAAUCAUUUUAAUUUUCAAUGCAGCUCUCCAAGGUUGUAUCCAUGUUGAAAUGCCCUUGUGGUACCCAACCUCUCUC